CACUAUAUCUGAAAUUGCUCCUGACGAACGGGCACAGAUUUGGAGAACGAACAAAAAGUCUGAAAAAUAUUUUAUAAUUUUGUAUCCGAAAGAAAGUGCCAUAAUAAUGAAGAAUUAAAAACGAGUUCAAAGUAAGAAGUUGUAAGAACUUUCUAUUACUCCAGAAGACUGUCAGUCAAAUAAAUAUGGCUUGUGUUGAGAAUAUACCGCCGCCAAACGCGGAUUCGGAGAUGGAAGAAGGAGAAAUCGUGGACGAUUUGUCCGAUAUAUCAUCGGAAGAAGAGUUCCUAUUGCGUCAGAGACUACAAGUGCUUGAAACUUAUAACAAUGUCCUUGAGCGUAAAAAAGCUAAGCGGUCGACUAUGGGACCUGGUACAAAACGUAAAAAAGUGGACACAUUAGGUGAUCUUUCGGAAAUUUCUGCAACCGAUUUGGAUGACUAUUAUCCGCAAGUACCCCAAAAAACGAUCAAAGUACAAAAAAGACUUAAAGUACAUCAUAGACAAAGAAGAAAAAAAGAUGAACCCAUUAUAAGUUAUAGAAAAACCAAAGACCACAAAAAUAAAACUAAUUAUCCUAAAAGGAAAUUAGAAGUGAAGGUUGUAAGUGAAACUAGUGAUGAAUCUGAAGAUGAAUACAGAAAUAGAAGAAGAAAAUUGGCUGAUGCUGUAGUUGUAAACAAAAAUAAAAAUGAUAAAACCUCAUUGAGUGAAAGACUUCAAAAAAUGCUUUGUGGUAUUAACCCAGAACCAAAAGCCUUAACAGAGAUUAAAAUUGUGCAUACGGAAGAUUCUCCCAUGUCUCCUCCACAGAUAGACAGACAGCCAGUAGACAAACAUGCCAUUUUAAAAUCAAAAUCUGAACCACCACAAACCAAACCCAAAGAUAAAACAAAUUCAUUUGAAUUUAUAGACUUAUGUACAGAUGAAGACAGUAAAACUAAUACUACUGAGGUAGGGCAAGAUACUGUUGAUUCGGUAAACAGUGGUAAUGUCAUAGAUGGAGGAAACAAGAAAAUUUCUGAAAUAAAUAUAUCAGACCAAAACUCAGACGAAGAUCUUGAAUUACUUAGGCAACAUGCUCUGAAAACAAAAUCUGCUAAAGAGAAAGUAGCCUUAACUAACCCAUCUCCUCAAGACAAUAAAGUAAUGUCUGAAGAUGAAGACAGUGACACGGCAGAGUUAAGACUGAUUUGUCUUAAAUCAGCAUUACUAAAGAAAGCUAUAGAAAUGAAACAAAAGCAGAAGUUAAAGAAAAAGUUAUCACAAUCUACUAAUUUUCCGGAUGAUCUUAUUACUGACAAUAAUACUGAUAUAGAAUCUGUAGAUAUGGAUAUUGGUUCAGAUGCCGAUGAUAGGGCAAAAGAGAAUCCUGAAAAUUGUGCCAAAAUUAUUGAAACAGAUGCAAAUACAGCGAAUGAAAAUGGUACUGAAAAAGAUGUUAAGACUGCUAAUAUUCCAGAGCAAGAUGAGUUAGAAGAUGAUGAGGAUUUGUUAAGGGCUAAACUUCUAACUUCUCUGAGUAAAAAUUUGCCUAAUUUGGUCAAUCCCAGUAUAGUGAGUGCUAUAGAGCUUGAGAGUACAAAAGAACCUGAAGCCAUAUCAAGUAUACCUUUACCCCCUAUAACAAAACCUGUUGUAAGUGCUAAUCCUGUACCUGAAGAAAAGAGAUUUAUUAUAAACCUUGGUGAGUCAGAUUCUGAAGGGGAACAUGAGGCAACUAAGAAUCUAACUAAAAUGCAUCUAAAACUAUCAGAACAGAUAGACUUCCAACAAAAAUUAGAUAUGUUUUUGAAAAGUACAAGGAUGGAAGUUGAAAAGAAGAAACUACCUGAUGUAGUCCAGGAGUCAGAUACACCAAAGAAAAAUGAAAAGUUUGUUGCAAAGGCUGUUAAACAUUUGCCAAAAUCAGAGCAGAUUGAAUACAAAAUCUUAGUUAAAAGAAUGGCGGAAUUGGAAAAAAUAAAGCAGGCAAGACAGUCAAGUAUGAAUUUGAAUUUACAAACGAAAAUGACUACACCCUUAAAAGACACAUUAAAGCAAAGAAAUGCAACCAUAGACUCUACGAAACUAUCGGCUUUAAAUAGUUUAGAAGAAAAAAUAAAAACAUCAAGAAAAAAUAUUGCUGAAGAAUCAGCUAAGAUGCUCAAAUUAAAGGAGGAAGGAAAUAAGUUGUCCCAGAAGUAUAAAAUUGUUGCCACAGAACUGCGCAAUAUUAAGACUGCAAUUGCAUUGAAUAGAAAGCAAACAAGAUCUGUUCAAAACACUCUUACGAAAAUAAGAUUGCACCACCAAAUGCUUCUGAAAAGCUCAAUAACUUCGACACAUUCCAAAAUAAACGGCGUUAUGCCGCCUAUAAGUCACAUAAUUCCGAAAUUGCAAAAAGAGAACAAUCCAAGCAAAAAGGAUGAAUCUAAAAAUCCAACAGUACAAAAGACUGCCAGAGUUGUAAGAGACCCAAUGCUGAUCACUCCGAGAUUAUCAGUGCAGAUUGACGUCACUAGUAAUAAAAAAGUUGUCAAAAUGCCAGAUAAAACGGAUGCUAACGAUAAAAGUAAAAUAAAUUUGAAGGCUGGUAAUAAAAAUGAUGAUUUGCCUGAAAAUAGAGGUCUAUCAACUCAUCCGGUUGUGGAAAAGGGUGGAGGGAAGAAAGAGUUGGAAGUGUUGGGAAACAGGAUGAGAGAUGUGGAUGAUUACAGAUCACCUCUAGACGCUUUUGGGAGCACAACUUGGGAGGGUGACCCGAACGCGAUCCUUUGCCCCUUCGAAGUCGGCGGCGAGUGCAAGGAUGCCGACUGCAAAUACCUACACACGAAGUCCCGUACAAAAUAACUCACACACACGCACAUACCCACCCACACAAACACACUGGACUGAUCCCAUCCUUUCCCCUGCCCCGACAGCACAGGAUUCCACAGCGAUGUGUAAAGUAUACAUCUUUUUAGCAAACCUACAUUUUGUAACCUGUGAUUUAGAAUUUGUGCUAAGUUCUGGAUUUUAUAUUAACUUUGAUAUUCCCAAUUCCAUCUUGUAGUACGUUUAUUGUAUUUUUGCAUGACAUUCUUAUAAAUUUACUGAUGCGGUUACUGCCGUCAUUUAAAUCCAUGUUUUGUUCCACAUAAAUGUAUCAAAUGCUGCCCGUAUGACAAUAGCAAAAUGUUUGAUCUCAUUUUAAAAUAGUUUUAAAUAUAAAUAUAAGCACUUCUGUGAUUUUAAAUUGUGUCACUUGAUUGGCAUUUACCAAUAAGUAUAGGGUUACAGCUCUUAAAAUUUACUUAUAAUAUAUAAUUGGUUUUCUACGGUUCUCUUGGCAUGUCUACCCAGCAGUGUUUGAGGUGAAGGCAUUGUUUGAGUACGUUAUUUUGGAGUCUGGCUCGCAAUAACAUGGUGUUAUACAAUUUUAGUUGGCGCUUGGUCGUGUAUCUCCGUCGCAUCGGCUUUGGUGGUAAGUUUCGAGUAACUUUCUAAUAGUGCAUUUGUAGUGCUCUGGACUCUGGUAUUCGUAC